CGGAAUAGUUUGGUUACUCGUCAAGUCGGACAAACGGAUUGCCAUGCGUUCGCGCUAAAAGUUUUUAUCUCAUAAGUUGGCGAGAAGUUUAAGAACAAUGGUGCGUUUAGAUGCAAACGUUUCGAAUCCGUUUGAAAUAAUUGUAGGAACGUACGAGCAAUACUUGCUCGGUUACAAAGUGAACAACAUUGUUAACGAGUACACGGUGGAAAGGAGCUUUGCAACCCACAGUCAUGUAGCCAGUGUACGUAGCAUUGGAAGUAAUAAACAUUAUUUGGCCUCCGGUGGAGCAGACGAUUCCAUUUGUUUGUAUGAUAUGCAUUACAGAAUACAGUCUGGCAAAUUAGUACAUCACAAUGAUACUGUGAAUUGCAUUGCAUUUACUCCAGAAGCAUCUCAUAUGUUCUCAUGCAGUAACGAUGGUACCAUAGCUGCCGUCCGAUGCGGUAAUUGGCAAUUGGAGAAACAGUGGCUGAAGCCACAUAAAGGUUUGGCUGUAAAUACAUUUGCUAUACACCCUACAGGAAAGCUCGCGUUAUCUACAGGAGCCGACGGUAUUCUUCGUACUUGGAACUUAAUAAAAGGGAGACAAGCGUACGCCACAAACUUAGUGCCCAGAUUGAAACUGGACGCACGCAACGUUACCGUAUUAAAAUGGAGCCCGAACGGCGAGAAGUAUCUGUUAGCUGCAAACCAAAGAAUAGAUAUAUAUUCGAUAGAAUUAGCAGGGGUCGAUAGCGAAAUUCAGUUCGAUUCAAAGAUAGUUUGCGUGGAAUUUUUAAGAGACGAUUUAAUUGCCGUCGGUUUGGAUAAUGGUCGGAUCAAAUUCUACGAUCUCGAGAAAUCCGUGCAGACCGUUGACGCGAUAGGGCACGACAUUAGAGUAAAAUGUAUGGCUUUUAAGAAUGAUUUGUUGGUUACCGCUUCGAGUUCCGGUGAGAUUAAACUUUGGAAAUACAGCAAGCAUAGAUUGGAUAUGUUGCAAAGCGUUAAUUGUGCAGCUAGAAUUACUUGCCUGGCUCUUGCGAUGCCGUAUAAGAGCCUCAGUCAGGUUGACGAAGCGAAAGCGGAAGAGGAAGAGAAAGUAGUAGAGAGAAAGAAAUUUCGACUUCGACAAGAGGUCGUGAUCGAAAAGGAGGGUGAUUGGGAGGUAACGCCGAUCGACGAUUCGCGAACGGUAUCGACGGGGAAGAAAUCGAAGAAGAAAAGACGCAUGGAAGAAGAACAGGCUCCAAACGUCUCGGAUAAGAAAAGAUUCAAAACGAUCUUGAAGAAGAAGAAGCUGGAAGAAGAUGAAGUCGAGAGCAUUCCAAGGAAAAAGAAGAAAUCCUCGAACGUGGAGGAUAGGAACAACGGUUCUGGUAAAAAGAAAAAGAGAAGUGCUUCGACGGUGGAAUGCGAACGCAAACAGUCCUCUCUGCAAGCUUGGGAAGUAGAUAGUGUACCUGUUCAUAGACCGACGAAGAAAUUGAUGCGAUCGUUGAAGAACGACGAGAUCUCUUCCAAGAAAAAGAAAAAGAAAGCAGUCGUGGAUGAAGCUAUCACAAUCCCGACAAAGAAGAAGAAAAAGCAGUGA